AUGAAGCGUAGAAGGGGCGAUACAACAAAGGAGGCCACUGUGGCUCUUCGCGCCGGUGUGGCCGCGCUGAGUGUGUCAAGCGCAGCUGCCGCAAAGGAACUCACCUGCCGUGAUUUUCACGUAAAGGCGAUUGUGGACUUCCUUUAUGACAACGUUCAUCCUGUUAUGCAAAUUUUUGGUAUGCCAGGAACUGGGAAGACAGCAUCUGUAAAUCAUGCACUUGCUCUUCUUGCACACUCAGCGCCUGCAGGGAAGAAGCCAACGGCAGUGUUUCUUAAUGGCUAUGUUAUUCAGAAGAAUUCCGAUAUCUACUGGACAUUAAAUUCGCAUUUAAGCAAGGCGAGACUGGGAUACACUGAAAAUUGUCCUCCUGACCAAUGUGCUGCAUUGAUUGAGAAACGUUUUAGACAAGGGUGGGGCAGCAGCCCAACUCCCUUGUGCGUGAUUGUCAUAGAUGAAGUGGACAAGGUACUGAAAAAGCAUCAUAAGGCAUUUUUCAGGAUUGUUGAUUGGUUAAGCUUCCCAUUUGCGUGCUGUAAGCUCAUAACGAUCUCUAACAGUAUGGAGCUAGCAACCGACGCGAAAACACGAAGCCGUCUCGACAUCACCAAAAGGUUAGUUUUUGAGCCUUACAGUUUGCCAGAAUUGAAGGAGAUUAUUCUUCGUCGAGUUGGGAAGAUUAAACCAACGUUAUUUGCCGAAAAGGCCAUAAACUAUCUGUGUAAUCAAACGGCAUCCCACUACGGAGACGUGCGACGCUUAUUGCAAUCUGCUUCAGCAGCUGUCUGUGGUCUCAUGAUGAAGAUCGAAGAAGGUUACCAUGUUCCAGAGGGGCAUGAUGGCCUGUUGACUGUGAAGGAUGUUCAUGCAGUAGUUCGUCAGAUAUUUCAUGACCGAUUUGUCGAAUUUAUUCAAACCAUUCGACUUCCUAUUAUAUUUAUCAGUGUGGCUGUUAUAGGUAACGAAACUGCCAAAAUGUUUCGGGUGAAUCCAAGUGAUAGUCGUUUGCCUCUUGACAGUCUGUUCGUAACGACGAAAAGGGCUCAGCAGAUGUUUAGUGCAUCACUGGGUGAACCUCAUUCCAUCGAGAUAAGCUAUGGCGCAUACUUCGAUAUAAUAGAAAUGCUUCGCGAGGUUGCGUUGAUUGAUGUCUCUAUAGGAGAAGAACGCAUUCCUGUGAAAACGGUGCAAGAUCUUCUGGAGGCUACGGAAAAGGCACAUGUGUCGAUGCUGCAGCCUUUCCCAACAGUUGUAGACUCGUGUAAACUACAUGACGUGUUUGGAGAGGGGAUAGCUCCACUUUUCAAGAGUUAG